AUGGCGAGUAACAUUCCAGCUGGAUUGCGAUCGGCAGAUAUCGGGCGAUUUGCCAUCAGGGCAGCCCAGAUUGAGAAGGCCAAACCUGUGGUUGCCUAUUGGUGCAACUUCCAUAUUGUAAACCAGAUUAUUGAAAGGGGACUUCACAAUUCCGAUGAUGAGAUCAAACUCUACACGACAAACCUUGUGGACAAGCUGGAGCAGUUCAAAGUAGAAAACCCAGAGAAUGAUACAGUGACAGACACUGUUGCGGCGAGUGCCUAUGUCGAGCAAUUCGGAUUGGAGGUCUUUGGCCGUGCCGAGGCCGCUAUGAACGCCAACAAAGUCACAAAGCAAACGGCAGAUACUUUCCUGGCAGCGGCCACCUUCCUCGAACUUUGUUCAAUCUGGGGACCCCUGGACCCAGAACUUGCUGGACGGAUCAAGUUCGCCAAAUUCCACGCGGUCCGAAUUGUCAAGGCUUUUAAAGCCGGCGAAGAUCCUAACGAGACAAAUCCCGCACCAAAGCAGGAGGAAGAUCUCGCCGACGACCCCGACAUCCAGGCAUUUGACGAGUCGGUAGCGGAGCAGACCUCUAAGCGAAGACAACCCUCUAUCGAGGACAUCCCAGACGAGUCUGAUCGUGUUGGACGAGAGCUAGCACAUGAAUCGACUCUUGAUGAAUCACUUCAUCCAUCACGCACAUCGUCAACACCUCGUUCUCCGCCCGAGAUCCCCUCUGUUCCUCGCAACGCACCUGGUUCUCCUCCACAGCCAAUGGAUGUUGAUGACCCCAACACAGGCGACUUGGAGCUCCCAUCAACUCCAGCGACCAUUGGCGGUUCGUCUUCAGUACCUAAACUUCCAGAUACCCCGACUGCAUUCCAUUCCUUCCCUCCGCCAUCCGAGGACCCAUCUGUAUCCGCCCCGGACCCGGCUUCUUUCUAUGAUGCCCCAGCUGCUAGUGCUCCUGCUCCUAUCCAGCCUCCGGCUGCUCCAACAUUUACUCCAUCCCCUCUUGCCCACGCACCCGUGCAACCGGCUCCCUAUGUCCAGUCCCAACCAUCACAUGAUAUAGACGAUUCCUCGGUGCAGUUGGCGCAGAAGCAUGCUCGUUGGGCAGUCUCCGCUUUGACUUUCGAUGAUGUUGAUACUGCUAUUAAGGAGCUCAGAAACUCGCUGAAGUAUCUAGGCGCAUCGUGA